GAUUCCCCAGUCCCAAACCUGACCUGAUCGCCCGGCUGGAACGAGGGGAAGAGCCGUGGGUCCCUGAUCUCCAGGCCGGUGAGGAAAGGGGGAGCUCAAGAGGCACCUGCACAGGUGAUAGGACAGUGAGUGAGAACAAGGAGGAGAAUCAGCAGGAGGAAGGUCCUGGGAAAGUGGAACUGCAGGAGAUGUUUUUGAGAAGAGCUGAAGGGAAUUUUUCCCAGGACUUGGAACAGGGAAAUGCCUGGGGAGAUCGACACAGAUCAGAGAUGCAGCUGGGAAACUAUCCCAGGAAGAAACUGGAUGAAUCCACUCAACGUGACAGAGGAUGGAAGGAUGCCAAGGAAGCCACAGUCCAGCAGACAAGUCACAAUGAAGAGAAACCCUACAAAUGUCUUGACUGUGGGAAAAGAUUCUGUUUCAGUGCAACCCUUCAUACACACUGGAGAACCCAGACAGGAGAGAAGUCCUAUGAAUGCUUGGACUGUGGGAAAAGCUUCAAUAAGAAGCCAUGUCUUAUUGUACACCAGAGAGUGCACACAGGAGAGAGACCCUAUAGAUGCCUCAAGUGUGGGAAACGUUUUGGAAAAAAUUCAUACCUCAUCAAUCAUGGGCGAAUCCAUAUGGGAAAAAAAACCUAUAAAUGCCUUGAGUGUGCGAAAAGUUUUGUACACUAUUCACCCUUUACUAUACAUGGGAGAAUCCACACUGGAGAAAGACCCUAUAAAUGCCUUGAGUGUGGGAAAAGUUUUGCACAAAAUUCAUCCCUUACAGUACAUAGGAGAAUCCACACUGGAGAAAGGCCAUUUAAAUGCCUUGAGUGUGGGAAAAGUUUCAUUCAAAGCUCAAGUCUUACUAGACAUCAGAAAACCCACACAAGAGAGAAACCCCAUAAAUGCUUGGACUGUGGGAAAACUUUCAGUCAGCGCUCAAGACUCAUUAAUCAUAGGAAAAUCCACACAGGAGAAAGACCGUAUAAAUGCCUUGAGUGUGCGAAAAGUUUUGUACACAAGUCAUCCCUUACUAUACAUGGGAGAAUCCACACUGGAGAAAGACCCUAUAAAUGCCUUGAGUGUGGGAAAAGUUUUGUACACAAGUCAUCCCUUACUAUACAUGGGAGAAUCCACACUGGAGAAAGACCCUAUAAAUGCCUUGAGUGUGGGAAAAGUUUUCUGCUAAAUUCAUCCCUUACUAAACAUGGGAGAAUCCACACAGGAGAAAGACCCUAUAAAUGCCUUGAGUGUGGGAAAAAUUUCCGUUUGAAAUCAACUCUUAAUAUGCAUCAGAAAACCCACAUGGGAGAGAAACCCCAUAAAUGCCUGGACUGUGGGAAAGCUUUCAGUCAGAACUCAUACCUUAUUGAACAUAGGAGAAUCCACACAGGAGAGAGACCCUAUAAAUGCCUUGAGUGUGGGAAAAAUUUCAUUUGUCGUUCACACCUUGCUAAACAUAGGAGAAUCCACACGGGUGCCAAACCCUAUAAAUGCCUCGACUGUGGGAAAAGUUUUGUUUACAGAACACAACUUACUGAUCAUCAGAAAACCCACACGGGAGAGAAACCCCAUAAAUGCCUGGACUGUGGGAAAACUUUCAGUCGGCGUUCACACCUUUCUCGACAUGGUAGAAUCCACAUGAGGGAGAAACCUUAUAAAUGCCUUGACUGUGGGAAAAGCUUCAGUAAGAGCUCAGAGCUCACCAAACAUCAGAAAAUCCACAAGGGUGAGAGACCCUAGAAAAAGCCUGACUGCAGGAAAAGAUUCAAUUUGACUUCACACUUCAGUGAUCCACACAACAGAGGGACCUUGAAUGUGGGGGAAGCUUCAUUUGAUGCUCCCGGAGUAUCAAGCAUCCGCAAAUCCGCACAGGGAAGAAACCUCUGAGAUGUUCUCAGUGCGGAAAAUGCUCCAAGUGGAGCUAACACCAUGUUGGACAUCAGAGACUCCCCCACACAGCAGGGAAAAUCUCUCAGGGCCCUGACUAGGGCUGGCCAUGGUGACAAACCCAUUUCCUCAUUCCCACACACAACAGGGACAUUUGGCUUUCAGGAAUCCAGCUGCCCGUCGCUGGGGUGAGAACCCAGCAGCAGCUGGUCAGUGACCCUCUGGCUCUGCCUGGUCUAAGCAAA